UUCACUUAACUGGUAUCCAUAUAUGGCUAUAUCUAUUAUCGUCUUGAUUAAUUUAAACAUUACGAGUAUUCCAAAUAUUGCUGCACUGACAGUUCCAAAUUCCAUGAAACCAGUCCAUAAGCUUGAUACGAUAUUUUUCGCUAUUGUCGUUAAUGUGUUUUCGUCCAUCAUUCCCAGGAUGUUUACUGUUCCAGGGACGAUUGUUUUUCCUGUCGCUCCUCUGGCCAAUGUGUUCAAGACUGCAGAUUUUUCUGCCGGGAACAUGACGUGGUCCCGUAGUGCGUCGAGGUCUUUUUGGGUAUAUAUUCCGCUCGUGGCCAACGACGAUGGUGCUGAAUAUCGCCACGUUUGGCGCACGUCCGGGCGGAGUUCCUGUGGUUUUACGUACAUGUUAUCAGUGAAAAUAAAUAUUAUGAAUGCUACUUGGGUUAUAAUUAUAUACAUAUAUGCAUACGUAUUGGAAUAGAUAUUACAAAUAUAGCUUGUCUUUGAAUGUAUAUAUAUGUGCGUGUAAUGGUAAAUAUGACGGCUUAUUUUUAUGAGUCACUUGCAUUAUCAAUGGAAGUGAGUGUUAUAAAUAUCGCCUACUUUACAACAUGCGUGUAUAUAUAUAUUGGUAGAUAUAAGUGAGAAUUAUAUGUAUAGUUAUAAAUGUUGUUUGU